GAAGAAGUUUUGUACUCUAAGGGCUACCCAUCCCUGCAGACAGCAAGAUCAGGCUGGGGGCUCUGAUGUGCUGUGUGUGUCCCUGUGCAUUGCAGGGGUUGCACUGAUGGCCUUUAAGGGUCUCUUCCACUUUUAGGUUGUUUUUUUUUCUAUAGUGUCAGCCUCUUUGGAUUUUCUUUUUGAGCUGCUUUUAAUAUGGAGCCACGUAAGCACUUGACAAAUGUAACUGUCCUCUGGAAAUAUUACCACACUCGUCAGAUGUCCUUGACAUAAAUGUUGCUGGGAAGCUAAAACUGACUGUGUUUGUACUGACGCAGGUAUGAAAGCUCAAUGGGGUCGUCCAAAAAUGCAAUAAAUGAGCCUGCUGAUGCAGAAGAAGGCUAUAAUGUGAUGGCUUCUUUCCAGCGCUCCAACAGCCAUGACAAAGUGAGGAAGAUAGUUGCAGAAGAGGGACGUACAGCAAGGAACCUGAUUGCAUGGAGUGUCCCUCUGGAAAACAAGGAUGAUGAUGGAAAAUCCAAAUGGCAAGCUGGUGGAAAAGCAAAGACGGUGUCUCAAGGGAAACACAAGGCUGCAAAACAGAACACUUCCCUGGACUGUAAGUUAACAGCAGCAGGAGAGAAAACCUUUGACAAAAGCCCAACAAAAGCACGGCAGCCUCGAAAAGUUGAUCUGCGAGCGCGGUACUGGGCGUUCCUUUUUGACAACCUGAGACGGGCAGUUGAUGAAAUCUACGUUACGUGUGAAUCAGAUCAGAGCGUGGUAGAAUGCAAGGAAGUCCUGAUGAUGCUCGAUAACUAUGUGAGGGACUUCAAAGCACUGAUUGACUGGAUACAGCUGCAGGAGAAGCUAGAGAAGGCUGAUGCUCAAAGCAGGCCUACUUCACUAGCCUGGGAAGUAAAGAAAAUGUCUCCAGGGCGCCACGUGAUCCCAAGUCCUUCAUCAGACAGAAUCAGUGUGACAUCAAACGCUCGGAGAAGUUUGAAUUUCGGGAAUCCAUCAGUGGCAAUUUCUGCAACACGCCUGGCUCCUUCUGGUGUAAGCUGGGCUGAUAAGGUAAAAGCCAACCACGGAAAAGCAGCCGGUCCUGAGUUAGCAGCUACACAAACCUGUCUGCCAGCCCCAAUACCGAAGUCAUCCCGAAAAAAUGAUCGAAAGGAUGCAGAGGGCUGGGAAACAGUUCAGCGUGGGAGGCCUGUUCGAUCUCGAUCCACUGUUGCGUUGGCAACAAAAGCUCCAGUAGUUGCAGAAUCACUGAAGUCUAGAGGUGACAGUGACAAAGAAAACGUCGUUUCACCACCAUCAGAGAAUAAGCCUGAGAAUUCGCUCACGAGUGAUGGUGCAUCCAAAAGCACAGAGCUUGUACAGAAAGAUCCUGUACAUCAGUCUGAACAUCCUCUUAUCGAGAGGACUCAGUUCACAGCACACACAUCGGAAGGCAGUGUGAGCACUAGAGCACCACUGCAAGAAGAUUCCUUACAAACAGUUUCUGAGGUGCCUCCUGUUCUCACAAACACUGACUGCCCUCCAGCAGCUGUGCAGGUGAAUGAAGCUUCCUCUACAGUCACUGACAGCGUGGACCAGCAUCCAACAGAAAAAGCUGAGACUGAAACUGAAAUGGAUCCCUCAGAUAUUUCAAAUGUGAGUGCUGCCAGAUUGUUAAGAAAUACUGAAAGAUUCUGGAGUAAAUAAUACGUGAAUGUCUUA